AUAUUAUGUAAGUAUAGAGAUAAGAACAUAGCAAGUUGGCAAUAAUAGGUAAUGUUGAUUCAGGCAAAUCAACGUUGGUUGGAGUGCUAACAAAGGGAAUUUUAGAUGAUGGAAGAGGAGGAGCGAGAGAGGUUUGAAUUUUAAUUUAUGCAGCGCGUCUUCAAUUACAAGCAUGAAAAGGAGAAUGGAAGGACAUCAUCAGUGGCAUAGGAAAUAAUGGGAUUCGAUGACAAUUUAAAGCAAGUGCUUCCUGAAAGAUUCAAUUAAAAUAAAAACAAAUAUUGGAGUCUCGUAGUUGAAAAGAGUAAGAAGAUAGUUACAUUUUUGGAUCUCUGUGGUCAUGAAAAAUAUUUAAAAACUACAAUAUUCGGUUUGGUGGCUAUGAUACCAGAUUAUUCUCUGAUUAUAGUCGGAGCCAAUAUGGGCGUAUCGAAAAUGACAAGAGAACAUUUGGGAGUGAGUUUAUUUUUGAAAAUCCCAUUUGCAAUAGUCUUAACAAAAAUUGAUAUAGCCCCUUAAAAUGUCUACAAUGAGACAAUCGAAAAUAUAAAAGGCUUGAUUCGAAGUCCAGCAAUAAAGAGAACAGCAGUAGUAUUCGAUGAAAAAACUGGAAUGGAUGAAAUCGAUAAAUGGGCAGCACUUAUGCACGGGAAUAAUGUUGUUCCAAUAUUUCAAGUCUCCAGUGUUACUGGAAUUGGAUUGCAAUAAUUGGCUCGUUUCAUAAGCAGAGUACCAAAUAGAGAUGAAAUAAAUAAAGCUUAUUAAACAGUGAAUGAUCCAUUUCAAUUUGACAUACAAGAGAAUUUUAAUGUUCCAGGAGUUGGUGUAGUUGUAAGUGGAAUAGUAAGAAGUGGAAAAGCAGGAUUGAAUCAACAUGCUUUGUUGGGACCAGAUAAAGGAAAAAGUAAAUAUUUCAUUUAUUGUAAUUUAUAGCAUUCAAACCAGUAACCAUCAAAUCUAUACACAUAAAUAGAGUAUCAGUUGAAUCGGCUUAGGUAGGAGAAUUCGCCUGUUUUGCUCUUAAGCCAUCUAAGGCUGGAGAUAAAUUAGACAGAGCUGAUUUCAGGAAGGGAAUGAUUUUAAUUGAUCCAGCUGUGAAACCUGAACCUGUUCUAGAAUUUGAAGUAUAGAGAAUUACAAUUACUUUAGGCCAACAUUCAUGUACUCCAUCAUCCAACAACUAUGAGUCAUGGAUAUUAAGCAGUUAUGCAUUGUGGUGUGAUUAGAUAGGCUGUGGAAAUGAAGAAAAUAUUCUAACAUGAAGUAUUAAGAACUGGGGAUGUAGACACAGUGAGGUAAGACAUUUCUUUAAUUUAAAGGUUACGAUUUCUUUAUGCUGCAGAGUAUCUUAAAACUGAAUAGAUUCUAGUGAUUAGAGAAGGAAGAACUAAAAUAUUUGGAUAUAUAUCUAAACUUAUCACAGAUAAACAAUUAGAGGAUGAAAAGAAAGUUCAAGGGAUGCCUUAAUAAUAAUAAUAAUAAUAAUAAAUAUAAUAAGUUUGA